AUGUCAAAAGUUUUAAAAAAAUUAUUUGAGAAAAUAUCUGCGCCAAAGCAAAAUGGUUGUCUUGUAGGAUAUGCACCUUUCCCUUCAGUCACGAAUCCAUCUGACUGUGCUUUCGGCUUCGUUGAUACAGCAGGGUUACCAGCGAAACAGGCGAUGACCAAUGCAGUUGGUGCGCUUGUAACCUAUGUUAAUUCUGCAAAUGGUAAUUGGCUAGACCGGUCAAUGGGAUGCCAGACGUCGGACGGAUUAUGUCCUGGAAAAAAUCCACCGAAAACUGAGGUUGGAGUAUGGUAUAAUGAAGGAGAUUAUUAUGAAGAUGAUGACACACAUAAUGAAGGAUAUCAUUACGAAGAUAAAGGAUAUUAUUAUCGUAAUGGAAGAUAUGAAAGAAAAGUCUCACCAAUGACGAGUCCGAUCAUCUCUCCGGUGACCGCCUAG